AUGGCAAGCCUUCGAUUCGAAGCCGUUCUACGGUCUGGAAAACGUCUUUACACUCACAAAGUAACCAAGAAACUCAUUUUUGCGGACCCUCGGUUCAAAGAUUGGGAGGUAUUUUUUUGAAAUUUUCCUCACUUCGUAGUAUGUCAAGUCAUUUAAGGGUAAGGAAAAAAUAUAGCCUAUUUACUAGUAAAUUUCUGAAAAAAGGUCGCACGUGGAAUGGCUCUAAUUUUAACGGCUUUUGUCGAAGAACUUUUUGGAUGAACGCCUCGAAGCGCAAGUCGGUUCAGGUCGGUCAAGCUUUGAAGCGACAAAUUAUAGUCUAUUCAGAUUUUAAAUGUCAAGUAGAAUGAAGUCAUUCGAAAACACUCUGUGGAUGGCUCGCUCUCUUAUUGGUUUAUCGCACCAUUAUGGGCGGAGCUUCAGCGACCACUUGACAUUCAAAAUCUGAACAGACUAUAGGCGGCCCGUCGAGCCAUUCCAAAUGCGACCAUGGCUUGUUGAAUAUACUGUAUUCUUGUUUUACACGGCUUUUUUCUCAGUGGAAGAAAAUGUGAAACCAAAAACACGGUGGGCGGAGUCAAAAUAUCCGCCGUUCCCACGUGACGUCAUGAGAACGGCAGAGAUUCUAACAGCGGGAAUAACAGGGCAUAUUAAAGGCGCAGGCCGCCGUAUAGCCAGAAGUCUUUGAGACGAAUCUACAUAAACGCAAUUUUCUGCGCGAAAGCGGCGCAGUACAUGCACACGACACACUACACUUUACGGGGAAAAAGUGGGCGUGGCAUCGCCGGAAAACGCCGUGUUUAGAGCGCAAUUUCAUUUAAAGUUCACUUUUUUUUUUCAAUUUUUCCAGUCAUCUAGUGAAUAAUUAAGAACAAGGCCUUUCGGUCAUUUUCAUUAAUUUGAUAUAGUCCGUUCCUAUGACGUCAUUAGGAAUCGCUCUCUGAUUGGUUCAUUUCACCAUUAGGGGCGGGGCUUGAAAGAGGACUUGACAUUCGAAAUCUGAACAGACUAUAACUGGGACAUUGGUAACGCGACGCGAAUCGGACGUUCCUGGACAUUUUAGUGACCACUUUAGUAGCGUCAGAACCCUUAAGUGAUCCCUAGAACCACUCAAAAACGUCCAGAUUCGCGAUAACGAGGUCCAAGAAGCUAUCGAUGAAAAACUUUAUCAAAUUAUAAUUUUCCAAACCACAAAUUCAGGACUUCUGGGUCAUCGGCUGUGAUAUAAACGAGCCGUUCCGAGUUUCCAUCAAAACUCCCGAGCAACUCGAAUUUUUUCAAGCUUCUCAAGAAGAAUCCACAUCAGGAGAUCAAGAUUUGUUAGUUUUCAAGUUUUUUCCGAAAAGAUCCAGAAGUUCCAGAUAUUUUGACGAUGAAGACUAUGUGACAGUGAGUUUCAUGCCGGCCCGUCAUUGUUUAGGAUCUGUUAUGUCGGUUUUUUUUUUCUUCUAAAGUUGUUUUUCAUAGUUUUAUUUAGUGUAAAAAAAGUUCUCAAACUGAAAAUUUUGGUUAUCCUUCCUUUUUUUCCAUUUUUUUAAAAACAAAAAGUCCAGAUUUCGACAAGUGCGCUCCAUUGAUAAUAAAUUCCCUGAUUGGAUUUUCACGCUUUUUAUUGACUAUUUAAGGAAGAAAAUCACGGAAGAAUGGCCAGAGUGGUCCCUAGAGGGGUCAAAGAAAGUUCCCUUGAAGUUCUAGUGGUCCCUGAAGGGUUUUUCAAUUUUUCGCUCAGAUUUCUUCUCAUAGAUAAAAAUCGACUAGCAUGUCACCUACAGGGGCCACUUUGCAAGUUUUAGUGGCCCUUCUAGGGUGAGGUAAAGUGUUCCCUAAAGGGGUUAUGAAAAAAGGUCCCUUGAAGUGGUCCCUUAAGGGUCUUUUAAUUUCUCGCCCAGAUUUCUUCUCAUAAAUAACAAUAAUCGACUACCUUGUCGCCUAUAGGGGCCACUUUUCGAGUUUUAGAGCCCCUCUAGGGCGAGGUAAAGUGAUCCCUAGAGGGGUACCUUCGAGAGUUCCCAAGGUUUCCCCUGUAGGGACCACUCUGGAGUACCUAAGUAUUUCUGAUCAUAUAUUGAAACAGGUCCUGAAAUUUUUUACGACUGUGUUUCGCCUUUUUUGAAGCUGUUUUGAAGCUAUUUUGAAGCUAUUUUGAAGCUAUUUUGGAGCUAUUUUGAAGCUGUUUUGAAGCUAUUUUGAAGCCAUUUCGAAGCCUUUUCGAAGCUCUUUUGGAGCCAUUUCGAAGCUAUUUUGAAGCCAUUUCGAAGCCUUUUCGAAGCUCUUUUGGAGCCAUUUCGAAGCUAUUUUGAAGCCUUUUCGAAGCUAUUUUGAAGCCUUUUCGAAGCCAUUUUGAAGCCAUUCCGAAGCCAUUUUGAAGCUACUUUGAAGCUAUUUUGGAGCUAUUUUGAAGCUGUUUUGAAGCUAUUUUGAAGCUAUUUUGAAGCCAUUUCGAAGCCUUUUCGAAGCUCUUUUGGAGCCAUUUCGAAGCCAUUUUGAAGCUACUUUGAAGCUAUUUUGGAGCUAUUUUGAAGCUGUUUUGAAGCUAUUUUGAAGCUAUUUUGAAGCCAUUUCGAAGCCUUUUCGAAGCUCUUUUGGAGCCAUUUCGAAGCUAUUUUGAAGCCUUUUCGAAGCCAUUUUGAAGCCAUUUUGAAGCCAUUUCGAAGCCAUUUUGAAGCUACUUUGAAGCUAUUUUGGAGCUAUUUUGAAGCUGUUUUGAAGCCUUUUCGAAGCUAUUUUGAAGCCUUUUCGAAGCCAUUUUGAAGCCAUUUUGAAGCCAUUUCGAAGCCAUUUUGAAGCUACUUUGAAGCUAUUUUGGAGCUAUUUUGAAGCUGUUUUGAAGCUAUUUUGAAGCUAUUUUGAAGCCAUUUCGAAGCCUUUUCGAAGCUCUUUUGGAGCCAUUUCGAAGCUAUUUUGAAGCCUUUUCGAAGCUAUUUUGAAGCCUUUUCGAAGCCAUUUUGAAGCCAUUUUGAAGCCAUUUCGAAGCCAUUUUGAAGCUACUUUGAAGCUAUUUUGGAUCUAUUUUGAAGCUAUUUUGAAGCCUUUUCGAAGCUAUUUUGAAGCCUUUUCGAAGCCAUUUUGAAGCCAUUUUGAAGCCAUUUCGAAGCCAUUUUGAAGCUACUUUGAAGCUAUUUUGGAUCUAUUUUGAAGCUAUUUUGAAGCCUUUUCGAAGCUAUUUUGAAGCCUUUUCGAAGCCAUUUCGAAGCCAUUUUGAAGCUACUUUGAAGCUAUUUUGGAUCUAUUUUGAAGCUAUUUUGAAGCCUUUUCGAAGCUAUUUUGAAGCCAUUUCGAAGCCUUUUCGAAGCUCUUUUGGAGCCAUUUCGAAGCUAUUUUGAAGCCUUUUCGAAGCUAUUUUGAAGCCUUUUCGAAGCCAUUUUGAAGCCAUUUUGAAGCCAUUUCGAAGCCAUUUUGAAGCUACUUUGAAGCUAUUUUGGAUCUAUUUUGAAGCCAUUUUGAAGCUACUUUGAAGCUAUUUUGGAUCUAUUUUGAAGCUAUUUUGAAGCCUUUUCGAAGCUAUUUUGAAGCCUUUUCGAAGCCAUUUUGAAGCCAUUUUGAAGCCAUUUCGAAGCCAUUUUGAAGCUACUUUGAAGCUAUUUUGGAUCUAUUUUGAAGCUAUUUUGAAGCCUUUUCGAAGCUAUUUUGAAGCCUUUUCGAAGCCAUUUUGAAGCCAUUUUGAAGCCAUUUCGAAGCCAUUUUGAAGCUACUUUGAAGCUAUUUUGGAUCUAUUUUGAAGCUAUUUUGAAGCCUCUUUCUAACUGUAAGUUGAACCUGGCCUCGAAAUUUCUAUUUGGCAUUAUUUUAAGUGAAAAAAAGGGAUCAAAAUUCACGAAAAAUGGAUCUGAUUUUAACCACGAAUCGGAGUACUGAAAUUUCAACUUCAAUCCGAUUUUUAGCCAUUUUCAGGCCAUUUUUUCCCAUUUCUAGCCUUUUUAUCACUUGAAAUUUCUCAGGAUGCUCUUCGAAUUUCCUCACAACGUGAACAUUCUCUACACCGGCGACUUCCGACUCUCGGCCCAAGAUUGGCAAUCUUCCCACUUUUCUUCGCUUCGAAACCCGGAUCAUACCUUGAAAUACAUCAAAACCAUUCAUUUCGAUAGCACUUUUUGCCGUCUUGGAACUCAUAUGAUCGAUCGGGAGGUCAGCAAACAGGAGGUCCGUAAAAAUUCAAAAAAGUUGUUCAUUUGAAAGUUUCAGGUUGUUAAUCUCUGCAAAGAAUGGCUAGACGAGUCGCCAAAAAAUAUCGUCCUGUUGUGGAGUUACGGUGUGUUUUGAAGUGGGCACUUGAGGGAUUGAAAUUGAAAAUAUAAUGUUUUUCAAAGUUAUAUGAUCAGAGGUGUAAUAGAAAUGAAAUAUCCUAAAAAAAAAGUUUUUUGAAAAGAAUUUUGACAAUUUUUUUAGGAAAUGGCCCCUAUAGGGGUUAGGAUAAAAAGCCACCCCUAAAAGGGCCGAGAAAGUGGUCCCUAUAAGGGUUAGGAUGAAAAACCACCCCUAUAAGAGACGAAAAAGUGGUCCCUAUAGGGGUUAGGAUGAAAAGCCGCCCCUAAAAGGGCCGGAAAAGUGGUCCCUAGAGGGGUGAAAUUUAGGUGGGUGGUCCCUAUAGGGGUUAAGAUGGAGAACCGCCCCUAAAAGGACCGAAAAAGUGGUCCCUAUAGGGGUAAAAUUCAAGUGGGUGGUCCCUAUAGCGGUUAGGAUGAAAAGCCGCCCCUUGAAGGGCUGAAAAAGUGGUCCCUUUAGGGGUAAAAUUUAAGUCAAACUAAACCCCUAUAGGGACUACUUUUGCAAGCUUCAAGGCCCCUAUAGGGGUUGGUAAAGUGGCCACUAGAGGGGACCCUCCAAGACCCUUUAAGGUUGCCCCUAGAGGGACCACUCUGGAGUUCCUAAGGAGGUUUUAAAGAAAAAUCCUGGAGAAGGGGCGGCGGUUCUGAAACUCGGCUUGCAAAUUUAUUUUGUUAACUAUUUAUUUUUAGCUUUCUACGGACACGAAUUCCUUCUUCCCGCGAUUCACGCAGCAACUGGCGAAAAAAUUCACGUCGAUAGAGACCGUUUUAACGUCUACAAGUUAGUUUGAAAGAAGAAAUUCUUUAAGAAACAAAAAACAAUAUAUUUCACGGUAUUUUGUUUUUUUUUUUAACGGGAAGUUUGCCACCAAAUUUCGUGGAAAAGGGUUAAAAGAACUGUCGCGGAUCUUUAAUCCUCAGGGAUUUUAAAUGAUCCCUAUAGGGGCCACUCUUGCAAGCUUUAAUGACCCCUAUAGAGGUUGGUAAAACGGUGCGUAGAAGGGGACCCUCAAAGAAUCCCUAAGGUUACCCCUAUAGGGACCGCUCUGAAGUUCCUAAAACCGGCGCCCGACAAAAAGCUACUUGCGCCCGGUGGAAGGAAAGUCGCUUAAAGUCGGGCGCAGCUGCCAAGAUGUUUCCAAUUAAGAGUUUGAAGCUAUGACAUCGAUUUUUCUGAAUAUCCCUUAUAACUCAACUUGGAAUAGUCUGACCUGUCUGCGCCCUCUUUUCUCUCACCGGUACGCCUAGUGACCGCAAAGCUCCGCCCCUUUUCGAGAUGGUUUUUUAAAUUUUGUCUUGCCUAAAAACAUUUAAAUAGUACGUAAAUUGGAGAGAGCGCAGAGAAAUCAGACUUUUUUCUGUUCUGACGGAUGGGAUGCAUGAUUUUUUUUUUUCACAAAAAAUGGUCAAGUAAAAUAAAAAUAGAACACUACAGAGAUUUGGCCGAUAUCGACGCCUCUUUGAUGAAUUCGGUGACGACAGAAUGUUUGACGAGAAUCCACGCGUGUGCCUAUUAUCGAGACGUCCAAGGAGAUCCAGAAGACGAAGAAGCACCUGCCCCGAAAAAGAAGAAGGCUGGAAUGGUGAGAAGAGAAAAUUGAUAGGUUCAAAUUGAACUUUUGACGGAUUCACAGUCUGCUCAAAUUUCGAAUAUCAUUUCAUCGCUCAAGCUCCGCCCCUAAUAUCUCAUUAAACCAAUCAGAGAGCGAGCCAUCUAGAGCCUUUUUCGAAUGACGUCAUACAAUAUUUAAUUUGAAAAAUUCGAUUUUUUUCAUUUCAAACCCGUAAAGGGUCGAGAAACGAUGGCCAGCUUCAAUUUUUUUCUCGUAAAAAAAUUAAAAUAUCCAACGGCUGCAUGAAAAUUUGACACAGACCGAAAAAUUGAGCUAAUUUAAAAAAAUUUUUCGACUUUUUUUCUUUGAUUUUUUUGAGAAUUUUCAUUGAUUUUUCUAGUCUUGAAAUUUUGAUAAAAGGAAUUUUUUUGAAUUUUUGAACUAUCAGAGAAUGCUCUCAAUUGAGCUCAAUGAACAGAAAGCUCGAUUUUUCACUUUUCACGAUUUUUAGAUUUAUUUUUAAUAUUUGGAUUUUUCACGAUUUUCAUUACCAUGAAUUUUUGAAGAAUCAUAGUGAAACUGAUGUUAUUUGAACUUUCCUCUCGCUCAAAAUUUACACAAAAAAAUAGAUUUUUCGUCGUUUUAUUCGAAUAUUUUGCAGCCAACGACUUGCCACGCCUGCCGAGUUCAAGAAUCUAACGUCCGUGUUAUAAAAGUGUCGAUGAUGUCAUUCGCGAUGCUGAAUAAUUCAACGUGACACUGAAUUUCCAUCCAAUUUCAAUGAAAAGAUUACAGAAGAGUUUCUCAAACUUGCGAAACAUCCAGCGGAUUGAAGUACUACAACGUCCAAUAUUCUUGUCACGCGUCGUUGAGAGAGGUUUUUCUGCGAUUUCAAUCAAUAAUUUAUACAGAAAACUCGUGAAAGUAUAUAGACUCACGGCUUUCUUGAGCCAUCGAAAAAAGGGUCUUGACACGAAAAUGCACGAGAUAGUGCCUGGCUCGUGGAGAGCGCAGACAGGACACGCCCUCUUAGCGUCCCAAGCUAGCCGUGAAUCAAUUUACACAGUAAAUAAAAAUAACGAAUUUCAUACAAAUUUUGUGAUAAAUGUAAAUUUCCACACUUUUUCUAGAACUUCUUCCAUGUGAAAUUUUAAAAUUGACAUUUUCCAAUUUUGCAUAUUAUUUUAAAAGGGGGAUUUACAAUUCCAACGAUAUUCAUAGCUGUUGAAUAUGUGAAUUGAUAGUGAUCAAAUAAUAGAUCACGUGAGAGAUAUCCCAACUAAGAGUAUAAAAGAAGUCGGGAACUCAGAUCUUGAUUGCUCGUACCGCCCACCAUUCGCCUCCAGCUCCUCCGUCGCUUCCAGCUACGGACUAA